GCUUAUGGUUCACUGCCUAUGAGUUGCUAGUUGAUUACUGCGACUGCCCAAAUCAACCAAACCCAGAGAAAGAAAGAAACGGAGAGAAAUGGCGUUGAGAGCAGCCCUACUUCGCCAAAUUCGGGUCCCCAUAUCCAAGUCUCAGCCAUGGAGCUCUAUCCGAUUAAUGUCGUCGCACGACGACCAUCUGACCAAGGAUCAGGUCAUCGGUAGAGUUCUCGACGUUGUUAAGAGCUUCCCUAAAGUCGAUCCCUCCAGGGUGACUCCUGAUGUACAUUUCCAGAAGGAUCUGGGCUUGGAUAGCUUGGACAAUGUGGAGAUUAUAAUGGCUAUCGAAGAGGAGUUCAAGCUGGAAAUUCCAGACAAGGAAGCAGUCAAGAUUGAUUCUUGUAACCUGGCUAUUGAGUAUGUUUAUAACCACCCAAUGGCUUCUUGAGUCAGAUCCAUUUUCUUGCCCUGAAUUUUGAAGAAAACAAUGAUCUUCUACUUUUUUCUUGUUUGACUGGUCGGACGUAUGUAAUGAUUUGAUCCUUGUAAUGGGGUGGAAAAUAAUUUGAAUCUGUUUGAUAAAAAGAGUAACAAUUGCAUAA